UCUCUGCUUUGCGACAAAGACUACGACCCGGUGACAUUCGAUGUGCUUAAGGUGAAAUUCACGGAUUUUGCAAGUCAGAUAACAAUUGUGGAUGUUGCAUUGUUCAAAGCCAUUUCAGCACAAGAAUUAAAAUCUUGUGCUUGGACUGGCAAAAUUAAACAUGUGGCCGCACCAAAUAUUAUAAAAUUUACGGGUCGUUUUAAUUCAAUAUGUUUGUGGUGUCAACGAGAAGUUUUGUUAUGUAAAAAUUUGUCAAAACGUGCCCAAAUAAUCGAGCAUUUUAUUUUGAUAGCUAAUGUAAUUAAUGAUAAUUUUUUCUGUUUUUUCUUAACUUUUAUGCAAUCGCAGUUGCCACAGUUAACAAAUAUGAACAAUUUACAUUCGACGUUUGCAAUUUUUAGUGCCUUGCAAAGUCAGCCCAUUCAUCGUUUAUCAAAAACGUGGAACUUGGUAGCUCGUCGGUAUCGAUUAUUACUUCUUAAAAUGAGUCACUUGUUUGAUAGCGAACGAAAUUGGGAGCAUCUUCGCUCAUAUCUUGAUAACGUUUCACUUCCUUGUAUACCUUAUCUUGGGAUAUUUCUCACUGAUCUAAGUUUUGUUGAAGUGGCUCAUAAGAACAGUUGUUUAGAAUUAGGUUCUGUUGAACAUAAAAAAGAUGAAAAUAUUAUACUCGUCCCAUGUAUUCAGAAAUAUCUUGAUACAUUCCGUUUUCAUGAAGAACUAUCGAAAUUGGUGGAAGACGAUUUAUACAAAGAAUCAUUGCUUCGCGAGCCAGCUUCUUUUCCUGUUGAAUGCUUCAGCUCCAGGCAAUCGCGAAGCUCAUCGCUGACGCGAAAAUUGACUAGAGUAUCGCGUUUUUUGAACCAUAAUAUAUGUGAUAUAUCUCAUAGAUCACAAACGUCCACUCCUAGAUUGAAACAUUUUGAUCGCCGUUCGCGCCUUAGUCUACAACCACAUCAAAAUUUGAUUGGAAGCCUUGAACUUGACAGACCUUUGAAAGUUGCUGAUGAGGAUAAAGAUGCUCUACUAGAAGGUGAGAUUGGCAUGAGGCCUGAUUAUGAAGGUGAAGUGAAAAGGGCGAUUGUACGGAUUCGUGGGAGCAAGCAAGCUAUGAUCCAUUGCAUUCAGAAGUGUUAUCUAGAGUUACGUUCCAACAUUUUGCAUCAAUUUCAUAGGAGAACUGUUACAGUUCAGUGUAAGCAUGCCAGAGAUUUGUACAAACGGAAUGCAAGCAAGCUAAUGACAAUUGGACAGGAUGAUUGGCGAAUUAUUCGUAACAGAAAUGUUGAAGAGCCAUCGUUUGAAUUGCAUCAUCCAACUACCGGUAUUUUAUUUCUUUAA